CUUUGUUGCGGGGGUGCGGCAGGCGCCGAGGCCCCGUUUCAAGAUGGCGGACGAGAGUGAGACAGCAGUGAGGCGGCCACCGGCGAGGCCUCCGCGGCCGUCGGCGGAGGAGAACGACCAUGAGCACUGCAGCGACUGCGAGAACGAGGCGGAGCACGGCUCCAACCGGUGCGGCUUGAGUCCAGCAAAUGACAGCGGAGCCAAAAAGAAGAAAAAGAAACCCAAACGGAAGAAAGAGAAGGGAGAUCAGUCCGAUCAGGCUCAGGACCAGCCAGUGAAGGUGAACUCUUUACCUGCUGAGAGGAUCCAGGAGAUUCAAAAAGCCAUCGAGCUCUUCUCUGUAGGUCAGGGCCCUGCCAAAACCAUGGAGGAAGCCAGCAAGAGGAGCUACCAGUUCUGGGACACGCAGCCAGUCCCCAAGCUAGGAGAAGUGGUGAACACCCACGGUCCUGUUGAGCCGGACAAAGACAAUAUCCGUCAGGAGCCGUAUACUUUGCCCCAGGGCUUUACCUGGGAUGCCCUGGACCUUGGGGAUAGAGGCGUGCUGAAAGAGCUGUACACGCUUCUGAAUGAGAACUAUGUGGAGGACGACGACAACAUGUUCCGGUUCGAUUACUCUCCCGAGUUCCUGCUGUGGGCGCUGCGUCCUCCAGGCUGGUUGCCCCAGUGGCACUGUGGGGUCAGAGUUGUCUCCAGCAAGAAACUGGUUGGAUUUAUCAGCGCGAUUCCAGCCACUAUCCACAUCUAUGACACAGAGAAGAAGAUGGUAGAGAUAAACUUCCUGUGUGUCCACAAAAAGUUGCGCUCGAAACGGGUGGCUCCAGUUCUGAUCCGCGAGAUCACGCGGCGGGUUCAUCUGGAGGGGAUCUUUCAGGCUGUUUACACUGCAGGAGUGGUGCUGCCAAAGCCUGUGGGGACUUGCAGGUACUGGCACCGGUCCCUGAAUCCUCGGAAACUCAUCGAGGUCAAAUUUUCCCACCUGAGCAGGAACAUGACUAUGCAACGUACCAUGAAGCUUUACCGGUUGCCCGAGACUCCCAAGACUCCCGGCUUGCGGCCGAUGGAGCACAGAGAUAUCUCCGCAGUGCACAAGCUCUUGACCGAGUACCUGAAACAGUUCCACCUGACGCCCGUCAUGAGCCGAGAGGAGGUGGAGCACUGGUUCUUGCCUCAGGAGAACAUCAUCGACACCUUUGUGGUAGAGAGCACCCCAGGGGAGGUGACAGACUUCCUGAGCUUCUACACGCUGCCCUCCACCAUCAUGAACCACCCGACUCACAAGAGCCUGAAAGCUGCUUACUCCUUCUACAACGUUCACACCAAGACACCUCUCAUCGACCUCAUGAGUGAUGCUCUCAUACUCGCCAAGUCGAAAGGAUUCGACGUCUUCAAUGCACUGGAUCUCAUGGAAAACAAAACCUUCCUGGAGAAGCUGAAGUUUGGGAUCGGGGACGGGAACCUGCAGUAUUACCUGUACAAUUGGAAGUGUCCCAGCAUGGCACCGGAGAAGGUCGGACUGGUGUUGCAGUAAACGAGCCCUUGCCAGGAGAGCGCAGCGCCACCGAGGAGCCGGGCCCGGCAGGGGUGCUGCUCUUGUCCUUUCUGCCGAAGCCGGACCUGCGCCGGGAGAGGUGGAACCGAAGCAGCCACGCAGCCGCCCCACUGCCUGGAUUCACCGACCAUGUCCCGCAGCACCGGCGGCCGCUCCCCCACUGGCGUCAGCGGUCUCCUUUGUUUUGGUUUAAUUGCAUCCUCGUAAAGACGUGAUCAAGGGAAUGUAACUGCUGAAACUAGCUCAUGAUUGGCAUAUAAUGGAGUUAACGGGUGAAUAAUAAAAGUAUAUAUUAUAUAUAUUUUAAA